AAUACGCGGAAGCUGCAUGCGGAAGCAGCCUCGACGGAAGCGGUCUGGUCUGUCAAGGGAGGAAAAAAUUGCAGAAUUUGACACAAAGACCUUAAUCCCACCAAAAAGCGCCAGCCACACUCCCCCUUUUCCUCGACACCGGCAUCCGCUGCGAUGAUCCUGCUAGAAAUCAAUAACCGCAUUAUAGAAGAGACGUUGUCGUUGAAGUUCGACGGCGCAUCCAACGGAACCAAACCAGAGGCCGUCGAUGUGACGUUUGCGGACUUCGAUGGCGUCUUGUACCACAUCUCCAACCCCAACGGGGACAAGACCAAAGUGAUGGUCAGCAUCUCCCUCAAGUUCUACAAGGAGCUGCAGGAGCAUGGAGCUGACGAGCUGCUCAAGAGGGUCUAUGGGAAUUUCCUGGUUUCACCAGAGGCUGGCUACAACGUGUCCCUCCUCUACGACCUGGACGCGCUACCGGCCAACAAAGACGAGGUUGUCCACCAGGCGGGGAUGCUCAAGAGGAACUGCUUCGCCUCCGUGUUCGAAAAGUACUUCAAGUUCCAGGAAGAAGGCAAAGAGGGCGAGAGCAGGGCUGUGGUCCACUACAGAGACGAUGAGUCCAUGUACGUGGAAGCCAAGAAGGACAGGGUGACGGUGGUGUUCAGCACAGUGUUCAAAGACGACGAUGAUGUCAUCAUCGGCAAAGUCUUCAUGCAGGAGUUCAAAGAGGGUCGGAGAGCCAGCCACACAGCUCCCCAGGUGCUGUUUAGCCACAGGGAGCCUCCUCUGGAGCUGAAGGAUACAGACGCCGCCGUCGGGGACAACAUUGGAUACAUCACCUUCGUCCUGUUCCCACGCCACACAAAUGCCAAUGCCAGAGACAACACCAUCAACCUCAUCCACACUUUCAGGGACUACCUGCACUACCACAUAAAGUGCUCCAAGGCCUACAUUCACACACGCAUGAGGGCCAAGACGUCGGAUUUCCUCAAGGUGUUGAACCGCGCUCGACCCGACGCCGAGAAGAAGGAGAUGAAGACCAUCUCUGGAAAGACUUUCUCCCGCUGAGGCCGACCGUCACCUGAAAAGCCCAAACCCCUGUGGACACGCCCCAAAACGCGCCACAAUGAGAAUCAGCGUCACAACGGACAGGACUCCAGGAAGCCUCUAAACGCCCCCCUCCCCGUUCCUUGCCCAGCCUCCUGACAAAGUUUCCAGCCUUUUUUUUUUUUUUGUUCGUUUGUCUUUUUUUUUUUUUUCUGGAUGAAUAAUAAUGUUGGCUCUACUUAGGGAAAGCCGCAACAUAAAUGGAAAAAAGGGCAUUCCUUGCUUUGCAUAGUUAAAGAGAAUUAUUAGUCCUAUAUAAAUAUAUAUAUGAAAAAAAAAAUGAAAUUUUUGAUACGAUAUCUUUUACUCCAUUUGGUACUUCUUGCUUGCCCCUGACCUUCAGCCCUCACAAUGCAAUGUCCAUAUAUUGGAUGAUUUCAAUCCCCUGUUCCUCUCUGUGCUUUUAUGUCGUCUGUACCAUCGUCAUUUGAAACAAUUCAAAUAAAUCACUUGUCAAAAGAG